GAUUCUUCUCUCCGCGUUCGACGGAAGGCUGCGCCUACGUCGCUGAGUGUUGAGAACCAUGAGCGAUUUUACCCCGACAAGACAUUCAUUCAACGACGGUUCUCCAACUCGACCGAUUUUGAUGACACUGAUAUUGAAACAAGCGACUCGGACGAAGAGUCCCUUCGGCAAAGCCUCCAGUCGUUCGCCUAUGAUAGCAAUACCUCGAUCUCCACACCAGAUCUCCCCAAUCCGGAACAUGUUUCCAAAAACCGCGUCCACACCCAUCUGGACAAGUCCAUGGUGCGAGGCCCUGAGGGCCCUCACCUCUUCCGGGACUCUCUUGGCUCAUCCAUCUACGAGCCAUCUACCGCCGAGAUAGACCUCUACUUCGAACGAUCUCCCUUGCAGUCGGAAUUCUCUCGCUCGAUCGAUACGCCACGACGCUUCCCUUUCUCGCCCAAGACCCCCAAGGCUUUGACAACGGUACAUCCCGAUGUGUCACACGUGAGCGAGGAGGAGAUCAGAGCCUGGAAGCCGAAUCAGGUGGCGCACUGGCUCCACAUUGCUGGAUACAAUGAUGCAGUCAUUGAGAAGUUUCUGAUUAAUGAUAUCACUGGCACUGUCCUGCUUAGCAUUCAGUCCGAUGACCUGAAAGAGUUGAGCAUCCACUCCUUUGGCAUGCGCCACCAAAUCAUGGCGUCGAUCGAUCACUUGAAAAACACCAUGGCAACGGUACCCCCAGUGCCCCCAACACCCGAGUCUUUCAUGACACAAUCGAUCCAGCAGAAAUCUUCCAUCGGUCGUUCAUCGCCCGAACACUCUUUCCCGAAGGAACAUUCCUUGCCGGAGGAACGGCAUACGCCUCGACGGCACUCGUAUGCCAUGUCGGUUUCUCCAAACGGCGAGAUCCUUUCCAACCAUGUCUUCGGGAACCAAAUCACCCCGGGGGAGUCCGUCUCAAUUGUUGGCAUUGAACAGCGCCUGCCUAAGCCUCACAAUUGUUCUCGGGGUGAAAAAUGCUCCAAAUUCAGAAAAUACCAGCGCCAUUUGGAGCAGAUAUUUGCUGAACACCCAAACGCGGUCCUUCAUGAUGGUAUGAUCAUAAUCGGCAGCCCAGGUAACCCUGAGACUGCACGAGAUCUGCUGCGCCCCAAAUCCAACAGCGAACCCUCAGUCGUGGCCUCCUCGGACAUUUUCGGCCCAGCCCCCGGGCCUAUGCUCUCUGAGAAAGCUCUCAAUGGAGUGGAGAAGCUUGAUCCUCAAGAAACCAUACGAAACUUCCUGAACUAUCAACAUGUUGAUGCUCAGCCCAUGGCUCCUCCCUUGUUAGAUACGUCGAAUCUGCCUCCCCCCGAGGAGCCCUUCGCUGGUCUGACUCCUCCCAACGCGCAGCCUAGUGGCAUGGCUACAAAUCUGCGCAAUCUUCCCAAGUUGACCAUCCCAGUCAGCCCCAACACGGAGGAGAUGACAACUGCUGUGACAUCCAACCGGUCGAUGACACCUACUCACGUCUCGCAGGCAUAUGGGUCCCCGACGGCAGUGCAGCAAUAUGGUCCCUUCACUCAAGCUCGAAACAUCGAUGUCUACCGUCAGGGUACACCCUUCACGGAGGUCGAUGUUCCAGUCACUGCCAUUCCCAAUGGGCCAAUCGCACGCGAUGCAUCUCAGUCUGUCCCUCCGGACAUGCAGUAUGGUACUCUGUUCCCACCAUACCGGGACCCCCUUAUGCGCAGUGCCUCCACUCGUCCGCAGCAGAACAGCCAGCCUCUUCGUCGCGUUCGUGAAGACAAGCCUCUCACGCCGAUUGAGACUCCUGAGGACCUUAUUCGGAGCCCUCGUCAGCGUCCCCAUGGACACAGCUCCUCCCAAUCCUCGCUCUCAUCUGACCCAAAUGUCACCCACAGUGGCUAUCUGAAGCACAAGAAGAACCGUCUGUUCCGCCAUGAGUGGAAGGACGCUCAUGUUACCUUGCGCGACACAAAGGUUACUUUGCACGAGAGUGAGCAGGAUGCCCACCGCAUCUCGCGUGCGCUUGAUGUUAUCGAUGUGGAUGAUUACGCCGUCGCAUGCUCGUCGCUGGCAACCAGCUCCAAGGUCACUGCUGCAAUCAAACGCAACAUCCUGCGCAAGCAAAACCGGAUGCCCAAUGGGUCUGAGGGCGCUGCUUUCCAGUUCUCCUUUAUCCCUGCCCACAAAGAGGGAGACAGAAAGGCUCUGUUUGGCAAGAACGCUCUUCCAAGACACGAUUUUGUCGAUGACACUGCCGAGGGCCGCGGCGAGUGGGUGAGAAAGCUUUUGCUAGCCAAGGCUGAAAAAAGAGCCCGCGACAAUGGCGAGCAGAUGCUAAUUAACGGAUACAACGUUAUCUAA